CACUGUGGGGCCUGGGCUCGGUGGGAGGAUGUCCCCGAGCGUGGCGACUCCUGCGCGGGCUGCAAGGUCCGUUUGAAUCCCGGGGGACCCGUGAGCGGAGAGUCGGGGGCGCUGACUGCUUGGAUGACGGGUCGCGCAGUGGGGGGUGGCCGGGGGUCGGGGAAGAGUCCUGGGAAUCACUCGGGGAGGGAGGCAGGCCGGGAGCGGGCGGCAGAGCGGCGGCAGAAGAUGUGCGCGCGGAGGCUGUGAAGUGUCAUUCAGGAAGACGCGAGAGCCGCUGCUCAGAGUGGAAAGCGACCGUGCUGGCGGCCGAGGAGAUUGUCUGUGUUGGAAGUACUCCUUUACCAGGGACGAGCCUUCCAUCCACCGCAAGGCGGUUUAAGAAAUUGGAGGACUAUGCAAGCAAUCCUCGGUUGCAGAGGACGGAGGAGUUGCCUGGUUCGCCUUCCUUCCACCGAUCUGCAGACCUGGUGUCACCCAUGUGUUCUUGAGAAGAUCGCCCACCUGCCUGUCUCUCCCUGUUCACUGCACAAGACUGCCCGUUAGCCCAGGGUAGAGCCUGAGGUUUGCUUUUGCAGCAAUGGGAGAGAAUGGGAGGAGGAUGACCGGGAAAGAGCAUAGAGAACGGAUGUGGUUUUGGGAACGCCAUAUUAAAAUCCAACUUCUCCCGGAGGGUCUUGCUAACUUGCUAAACUGCCCAGGCGUGGCUGAAACUUGCCGUCCUCUUACUUCAGCUUCUCAGAGUGUUGGGAUUGCAGGAGUCAGCAGUAGCCUUCCUUGAAGAACUGCCUUUCCCAUUUGUUGCCUGGAGUUAACGUUGUUUCCGGCUGGCAGAAUCAGGGACAUGCCAGCACCAGCGGGAUGAGUGGGUGCUCCAGUGGGGAUGUGGUCGCUGACGGCCAGUGAGGACGAGAGCACCACGGCCCACUUCUUCCUUGGAGCUGGAGAUGAGGGGCUGGGCACCCGUGGGACAGGCAUGAGGACAGAAGAGAGUGACAGUGAGCUACUUGAGGAUGAGGAAGAUGAAGUGCCUCCUGAACCUCAGAUCAUUGUUGGCAUCUGUGCCAUGACCAAGAAAUCCAAGUCCAAGCCAAUGACCCAAAUCCUAGAGCGGCUCUGUAGAUUUGACUACCUGACUGUUAUCAUCCUGGGAGAAGAUGUGAUCCUCAAUGAACCUGUGGAGAACUGGCCAUCCUGCCACUGCCUCAUCUCUUUCCACUCCAAAGGCUUUCCCCUGGACAAAGCUGUUGCUUACUCCAAGCUUCGAAACCCCUUUCUUAUCAAUGAUCUGGCCAUGCAGUAUUACAUCCAAGACAGGAGGGAGGUGUACCGGAUCCUGCAGGAGGAGGGUAUUGAUCUGCCUCGAUAUGCUGUGCUCAACCGUGACCCUGCCCGGCCCGAGGAGUGCAACUUGAUAGAAGGUGAAGACCAGGUCGAGGUCAAUGGUGCCGUCUUCCCCAAGCCCUUUGUGGAGAAGCCAGUGAGUGCAGAGGACCACAAUGUUUACAUCUACUACCCCAGCUCAGCUGGAGGAGGGAGCCAGCGCCUCUUCCGUAAGAUUGGCAGCCGAAGCAGCGUUUAUUCUCCUGAGAGCAGCGUCCGAAAGACAGGGUCAUACAUCUAUGAGGAGUUUAUGCCAACAGAUGGCACAGAUGUCAAGGUGUACACAGUGGGGCCAGAUUAUGCCCAUGCUGAAGCUAGGAAAUCUCCAGCUUUGGAUGGGAAGGUGGAACGAGACAGUGAGGGGAAAGAGGUUCGAUACCCAGUCAUGCUGACUGCCAUGGAAAAGUUGGUGGCCAGGAAAGUCUGUGUAGCUUUCAAGCAAACAGUUUGUGGCUUUGACCUGCUUCGGGCCAAUGGUCACUCCUUUGUGUGUGAUGUCAAUGGCUUCAGUUUUGUCAAGAAUUCAAUGAAAUACUAUGAUGACUGUGCCAAGAUUCUGGGAAACACCAUCAUGCGAGAGCUCGCUCCACAGUUCCAGAUCCCAUGGUCCAUCCCCACAGAAGCAGAGGAUAUUCCCAUUGUCCCUACCACCUCUGGCACUAUGAUGGAACUCCGUUGUGUCAUUGCAAUUAUCCGUCAUGGGGACCGCACCCCCAAGCAGAAGAUGAAAAUGGAGGUGACACACCCAAGGUUUUUCACUUUAUUUGAAAAAUAUGGUGGAUACAAGACUGGGAAAUUAAAACUCAAGCGACCUGAGCAACUCCAGGAGGUUCUGGACAUCACAAGGCUGUUGUUGGCUGAACUGGAGAAAGAGCCAAGUGGUGAGAUCGAGGAGAAGACCGGGAAGCUAGAGCAGCUGAAGUCCGUGUUGGAGAUGUACGGCCACUUCUCAGGUAUCAACCGGAAGGUGCAGCUGACUUACUACCCUCAUGGAGUGAAAGCUUCCAAUGAGGGGCAAGAUCCGCAGAGGGUGGCUCUAGCCCCGUCCCUGCUGCUGGUGCUGAAGUGGGGUGGAGAGCUGACUCCGGAUGGCCGUGUUCAGGCUGAGGAGCUGGGACGAGCUUUUCGCUGCAUGUACCCUGGAGGGCAGGGUGACUAUGCUGGCUUUCCUGGUUGUGGGCUGCUUCGUCUUCAUAGCACUUUCCGCCAUGACCUCAAGAUCUAUGCCUCUGAUGAGGGCCGUGUCCAGAUGACUGCUGCCGCCUUUGCCAAGGGCCUGCUGGCUCUAGAAGGGGAGCUGACGCCCAUUUUGGUACAAAUGGUGAAGAGUGCCAACAUGAAUGGGCUCCUGGACAGUGACGGGGAGUCCUUGAGCAGCUGCCAGCACCGGGUGAAGGCUCGGCUCCAUCACAUUCUGCAGCAGGAUGCGCCCUUUGGCCCCGAGGACUAUGGCCAGUUGGCUCCCACUGGAAGCACUUCCCUGCUUAACUCCAUGACUGUCAUUCAGAACCCUGUGAAAGUCUGUGAUCAGGUAUUUGCCCUGAUUGAAAACCUCACCCACCAGAUCCGGGAGCGGAUGCAGGACCCCAAAUCUGUAGACCUGCAGCUCUACCACAGUGAGACCCUAGAGCUCAUGCUGCAGCGCUGGAGCAAGCUGGAGCGUGACUUUCGGCAGAAGAGUGGGCGCUACGAUAUCAGUAAGAUCCCCGACAUCUACGACUGUGUCAAGUACGACGUGCAGCACAAUGGUAGCCUGGGCCUCCAGGGCACAGCUGAGCUGCUGCGCCUCUCCAAGGCACUGGCGGAUGUGGUCAUUCCUCAGGAGUACGGGAUCAGUCAGGAGGAGAAGCUGGAAAUUGCCGUGGGCUUCUGUCUCCCACUGUUGCGCAAGAUACUGCUUGACCUGCAGAGAACCCACGAGGAUGAGUCUGUCAACAAGCUGCACCCCCUGUACUCCCGCGGGGUGCUCUCCCCAGGCCGCCACGUUCGAACACGGCUCUAUUUUACCAGCGAGAGCCACGUCCACUCCCUACUCAGCGUCUUUCGUUAUGGGGGGCUCCUCGAUGAGACCCAAGACACACAGUGGCAGCGAGCUUUGGCUUACCUGAGCGCCAUCUCAGAGCUCAACUACAUGACCCAGAUUGUUAUCAUGCUUUAUGAGGAUAACACGCAGGAUCCCCUGUCAGAGGAGCGGUUCCACGUGGAGCUGCAUUUCAGCCCUGGCGUAAAAGGUGUUGAGGAAGAAGGCAGCGCCCCAGCUGGCUGUGGAUUCCGCCCGGCCUCUUCCGAGAAUGAGGAGAUGAAAACAGACCAAGGCAGCAUGGAGAACCUGUGCCCAGGGAAGGCGGCAGAUGAGCCAGACCGGGCGCUGCAGACUUCACCCCAGCCGCCCGAGGGCCCUGGGCUCCCGCGGAGAUCACCCCUCAUUCGUAACCGCAAAGCCGGCUCUAUGGAGGUCAUGAACAUGCAGUGCACGGGGAGCCUGGACCUGAUCCCUUUGAGGGGACGGCGCCGCAGGCGGUCAGGAGACCUCCCCCGGCCUUCCCCAGCCAUCGGCCUACAGCCCCGGGCUGUGUCCACCACGCACCUGGCGUGCUGCACACAGGUGCUUUCUGAAACUUCCUCCUCGAGGCCUGGUGGCUACCGGCUCUUCUCCUCCUCACGGCCACCAGCGGAGAUGAAGCAGAGUGGCCUAGGCUCGCAGUGCACAGGGCUGUUCAGCACCACGGUGCUGGGCGGCUCCUCCAGCGCCCCGAAUCUUCAGGACUACGCCCGCAGCCAUGGCAAAAAGCUCUCGCCUGCCAGUCUGAAGCACCGAGAUGAGCUCUUGUUUGUCCCGGCCGUAAAACGAUUUUCUGUGUCGUUUGCAAAGCAUCCGACUAACGGAUUUGAAGGGUGCUCCAUGGUGCCUACCAUAUACCCCCUGGAAACACUGCAUAAUGCUCUUUCCUUGCGUCAAGUGAGCGAAUUCUUAAGCAGAGUCUGCCAGCGCCACACAGAGGCCCAUGCACAGGCAUCUGCAGCCCUCUUUGACUCUAUGCGCAGCAGCCAGGCCUCCGAGGGCCCAUUUUCCCCGCCCCGCGGUCUUCAUUCACCCCCGCUGCAGCUCCAGCAGCGCUCUGAGAAGCCUCCAUGGUAUAGCAGUGGCCCUUCCAGUACUGUGUCCAGUGCUGGUCCUUCCUCCCCCACUGCUGUGGAUAGCAACUCCCAUUUUGGCUUCAGUGACCAACCCUCCCUACGUACACAUGUGACGGAAGAGAGCCAAGGACUUGAGCUGCUCCAGGAGGCCCCCAGAAAUAGAACACAAGAGCUCCCCAUAGGAGGGCAGCAAGAGCCUUUUGAACCAAACCAACCCCCACAGGAGUCACCUGUGGAAACCAGCAAGCCGGGAGGCCAGGAGAUUUCUGAGGUCAGCCAGUCAUGCCAGAAGAGCCAUGACUCUGUUAACCAUACAUGCCAGCCAUGCCAGAAGGCCAGCCAACUGUGCCAGGAAGCCUCUGAGGAAAUUUGGCAGCUUUGCCGGGAGAACCCUGAGGAAGUCAGCCAGCCAAGCCAGGGGGUCCCUGCGGAGACCGGCAGGCUGGUCCACGGGCUCCCUGUAGGGGUUAGGGGCCUGGUCCAGGAAACCCUUGUAGAAGUUGACAGGCCAAACCAAGAAAUCCCUAAAGAGUAUAGCCAGCCAUGCCGGGAGUUCUCUGUAGAGGUUGGCAGGUUGGCCCAAGAGGUUUCUGCGGUCAGUCUGUCACCUCGAGACAUCCUUGAGGUUAAUAAACCAUCCCAAGAGCUCCUUGGCAAGAUUGAUUUGGAGGCCCAGGAAGUCCCCGAGGAGAUUAGUCAGCAGUCUCGGGUGGUCCCUGAGGUGAUCCAUCAGCUGCCUAGAGAGGAUGUUCCCCAAGCCCUGUAUCUGCAAAGUGACCCAAACCCUCAAAGCCAGUCUCCAGCCCAUGACCAGCACUCACCCCUUUCACCAGCAACAUGUAAUCAACCAUUUUCUUACUAGUGGUGUCUCACUGCACCAGCCAUUUGUGCCAGCAGCCUUUUCUGUUGGCUCUCAUCAGCCAGAGAGAGGAGUGCCCCUCCAUAGAGGUGUCUGAGAAAGCAGGCCUCUUGGCAUGAAGCACAACUUGUGCCAGGGCUGCAUGUGGCAAAGGUUAGUUUCAUGUGCAAAACAACCUUUGGCUCCUUGCUUAGCCAUUCUACUGGAAUGGGAUUUUCUUAGGAUAGCUGAUCUGUCAUUACCUAACCUACUCUGAGCACCACAGGAAAUUCCAGAUUGUUAAAGGAAAUGGCACUUAACUGCUAAAGACCAGCAAGGGGCCAGUAGAGGCCAGCAAGUAUGAAAGGGGACUGCAGGGUCUUUAUACAGGAAAAUAUCCACCACAUCUCAAGGUACCCUUUAAAUCAUGUAUGCCAGGGUCAGGGAGACUGUGGUCUUUACUAGUACUCCUCAGGCAGAGCCAAGAUGGCCAUCUGAAAUGUCUGGAAAACAGUUCCCUUCCCAGACAAAUGUCUGUCAUAGCCACUACUCUUAGACUGAGCUUACGGGUGUUUCUCCAGGUGCCCCUGCGCCCCAGUCCUGCUCCUCUGAGCAAGUGCUCUAGGGAAAAGUAGUCAGUAGUUUGCUGAGCAGCUUCAGAGUGACUCCUGACUAUGCUCUGGGGAGUCCUGGCCAUGCUCUGAAGCUGGGCCCUCUUUGCUGUGGGGCUUUUGGGCCUAGGAGAUACUGUCGUAGACAGAAUCAGGUUCUAUUUUAAGAGAUUAGCAGAGAUCAAUAUUAUGAAGACUAGAAUAUAUAUAUUUCCGUAGUUUGCCAGGGACAAGGCACAGACUGGCCAAAGACCAAACACUCCAGAGUCCCCAAGAAGUUUGUUUCAUAUCAUGCGUCUUUAGGACCCAGAUGUGAUUCUGAAGCUUUUCCCAAAGAUCUGGGGAUAGGAGUGGGGGUAGGUAGAAGGGGUAAUACAGUCAUUAGAGUUGGGGGCCGGAACAUUUUGAGUGCUCAAUAAAUAUGAAACAAUCAGA